AUUAGCUCACAGGCCUCCAGCUGUGUCAGGGCAGGCAAAGGAGGGAUUGUGGGAAACUCAGCACCUUGUUGUAUGAGAUAGGCAACUACAGCAUUCCAUAGAAACAUGAGGUGGCUCCUUGGAAGCAGCUGGAGCAAAUUUGGGCAUGCUGGCAGAGGUACCUAUGAGUGGAUGACAAGUGAGCCAGGACUACCACUUGUAGAGACAAAAUUGCAGAGUAAGCAUCCAAAUGAAGUUAACUCAACCAAAGAAGACUUACAGCCAUUUCUGUGUAUCAUACUACCCACAACGGCAUUACUCCUUAUAGGCUUCUGUCUGCUUUUCAUUUAUCGGAGGUGUAGACGUAAGGUACCACAGAGACAAAUCUUUGCCAUUGGCCUCCAGGAGAAUAUUCAAGAUAGAGAAACAGACUUCUUUCCAACAUUGCCAUGGAGCAGUGAACCUUUCCAAUAUUGUACACUAAUACCAGAUGCCUCAUUUCUCACCAUAUGUUUGCCUCCCCCUUAUGAAGAGACCAUACUAAAGGCAUCUAGCGACUCUUGUAUUAGCAUUUGCCAGGACCCUUUGCCUCCAUAUGAAGAAAGACCACGUAGGUCAAGCAAAUAAUAUUCUGACCCUGGAAUGUACCAUAAUCUUCACUCUUGGCUUCAGCUGGACCUGGAAGUCUAAGGAUUACUAUUUACUAAGCAACACUUAC